AAAUUCCAAGUGUAAAAAAUUAAAUUUCGUUGAAACGAAAAACAAUCAAAAAUCAGUUGAAACGUGAAACCGAUACAUUCAUGUAUCCAUUCGAUUUAAAAUUACUUUAGAACGAAAUUCAUUGCGUGCUUUAUUUCUGUAAACGAAUUAAGCAAAUCAGUUUUUAUAUUCUCAGAAUAGUCUAUUCACACGAUAAGAGUGUUGAAAGCGGUUACAGAUUCAAAAUUGGCGUUUACUAAAAUUUGUUUAUUAUAAUAAACAAACAUCUGUUCCAAGAAAUUCUACCUGUAAUUUCAUAGGAUUAAAACGGUAUAGACGGUAUACAUACAGCCUGUGUCAAAAUUCUGAAAAUGCUACCUAAAUACGAAGAACUACAAGGAAGAAUAGCAAAAAACAGUUUUUGAGACCUGCUUUUGUUAAAUAGAUUUUAAAAUAAUAUAUACAAGGAGAAAGGUAAUAACUUAGUACAUUGUGCUAAAUGCAUUUAAACGUGAUCAUACCGCCAUUUGUGAAACAUCUCUCUCCGGACAUUUAUUUAAUAAGGCUGUACGCAUAAAAUUACAAAUAAAAUCUACAUUAUAAUAUCAACUAAACAAUGGAUGAUCAAUGUGAUGAAACUUUUUAUGGUCACGAGGAUAGUAUAUGGUAUAACCGGAUUUUGGAACUUAUUUUUGAAUUUAUAACAGUCAUCAUUCCUACAAAAAUUAAGAAAAUAAGAGCAACUAAAAAAGCCGCGACUGAACCGCCAACCACAUCUCGACAGAGUAAAAUGCAACGACCAAGUUCCAAUGGGACGACAGGGCAAAAGCACGCCAAUCUCGAUGACAUAUGGAUUGAUCUUGAGCAAGGUAUUAUACAGGUAUUCCAGCCAGAGAAAUCGUUGACAAAAAAUCGUUAUAUGCAACUGUAUACUUAUGUCUAUAAUUAUUGUACAAGCGUUAAUUCAUCAUUGAAUAAUCGUAAUACACACAAGUCGGGUGGGGCUCAAUUGGUUGGUAAAAAGCUAUACGAUCGUCUUAAGGACUUUUUGAAGAAUUACUUAAAUGGCCUUCUACAAAAUUUUGUAUCUAUAAAAGGUGAAGAGGUGCUUCUAUCACACUAUACAAAGCAAUGGGUAGCGUAUCAAUUUUCGAGUACUGUACUGAAUGGUAUUUGUUCCUAUCUAAAUAGACAUUGGGUAAAACGUGAGUGUGAGGAGGGGCAGAAAGGCAUUUAUGAAGUAUAUCGUUUAGCAUUAGUUACGUGGAAAGAACAUUUGUUUAAAGUGCUUAAUGAGCCAGUCACUAAUGCUGUUCUUAAGUCCAUUGAAGAGGAACGUAACGGCAAAACUAUUAAUCGCGGUCUUAUAAGAAGUAUUAUUAAUUGUUAUGUAGAGCUUGGAUUUAAUGAAGACGAUGGGGGAUUACCCCUUAAAGAACAAAGAGACAAUAAACUCUCAGUAUAUAAAGACAAUUUCGAAAAAAAAUUUAUACUCGAAACUACAGCUUAUUACGAACAGGAAUCAGAUGUGUACCUUAGCACUAAUUCAGUGACGGAAUAUAUGAAGCAUGUCGAACAACGUUUAGCUGAGGAGCGUCGCAGAGUUAAUCGGGAUGAUUUCAAUUGCUUGCUAACUUCAUAUUUGCAUGAAAGUACCCAUGAUGAUCUUGUAAUUGCUUGCGAACAGGUGCUUAUUGUAAAGCAUUUGGAUAUAUUCCGCUCUGAGUUUCAAAAUUUGCUAAACACUGAUAAAAACGAUGAUUUAAAACGCAUGUAUUCAUUAGUAGCAAGAACUCCCAAAAACCUAACCGAACUUAAGUCAAUAUUAGAAGAGCACAUUUUACAGCAGGGUAUUCAAGCCAUUGAAAAAUGUGGCAAUAAUGAAGCUGCAAACGAUCCAAAAGUGUAUGUACAAGCAAUACUUGAGGUGCACAAAAAGUUUAAUGCACUCGUUUUAACUGCUUUCAAUAAUGACAAUGGAUUUGUAGCAGCACUGGACAAAGCUUGCGGUAAAUUCAUAAAUUCAAAUGUGGUAACUCAAGCUAACAGUGCCAGUAAAUCGCCAGAACUGCUUGCCAGAUAUUGUGACUUGUUACUUAAAAAGUCAUCGAAAAAUCCUGAAGAAAAAGAAUUAGAAGAUAAUCUUAAUCAGGUUAUGGUUAUUUUCAAAUAUAUUGAAGACAAGGAUGUUUUCCAGAAGUUUUACUCAAAAAUGCUUGCCAAACGUCUUGUUAAUCAUACAUCUGCAUCAGAUGAUGCAGAGGCAAUUAUGAUCUCCAAAUUGAAACAAGCUUGUGGUUAUGAAUAUACCAUAAAAUUGCAGCGUAUGUUCCAAGAUAUUGGUCUAUCUAAAGACUUAAACAAUAAUUUUAAGGAGCAACUACGUAAGACACAGAUUUUGCAAGAAAUAGACUUUAGUAUUGAAGUGCUGUCAUCUGGAUCAUGGCCAUUUAAUCAAGGGAGCAGCUUUUCAUUACCCACCGAAUUGGAGAGUUCGGUUAAACAUUUUAACGAGUUUUACGCAACAAGGCAUUCUGGACGUAAAUUAAACUGGUUGUAUCAUAUGUGCAAGGGAGAAUUAGUAACGAAUUGUUUUCGCAAUAAAUACACUCUGCAAGCAAGCACAUUUCAGAUGGCAGUUUUAUUACAAUUCAAUGAUCAGACAAAGUUUUCUGUACAGCAAUUAGCCGAAAAUACUCAAAUUCAAAUGGAUAAUUUAGUGCAGGUUCUACAAAUAUUGCUUAAAGUAAAACUGCUAACCUCUCCAGAUGAUGAAAAUUCCCUCACACCAAAUUCAAUGAUGGAGCUGUUCUUAGAUUAUAAAAACAAAAAACUGCGUAUAAAUAUUAAUCAACCGCUAAAGACUGAGCUUAAGGUCGAACAGGAGGCCGUACAUAAGCACAUCGAAGAGGAUCGCAAGCUUCUCAUUCAAGCUGCUAUUGUUCGAAUAAUGAAAAUGCGUAAAAAACUCAAUCACACGCAGCUCAUCACUGAAGUACUAAACCAACUGUCAUCACGUUUUAAGCCUAAAGUGCCAGUUAUUAAAAAGUGCAUUGAUAUUCUUAUUGAAAAGGAAUACUUGGAGAGAAUGGAGGGUCAAAAGGACACAUACAGUUAUUUGGCGUAAAAUAUAUGAACGAGACUGUGAAUAGAUAUUUAGC